AUGGACUAUUGCGUGUUGUGUAUUUCUGUCGUCCUACUGGUGGCUGACGUCACGGCUCACUCUUUAUUCAUGCUCUCUAGUGACCCGGGACAGAUACGUCAAAAAGUCCGAACCAUCUACCACACACAUAAACAGGAAAUGUCAAGACUACCAGUACAGGUACCAGUCUUGCGAUCAUCAUCCAUCCGUCCUAAUUUCCACGAGCAAUUCGUGUUACCAAGCCGUGAGAGGAUGGUCCGAGAACAGACCCGCCUAGCUGAUCUAUCACUGGGAGCCAUCAAGCGGAUAUGUACCAGUACCGGAAGUACAGUAUACGAGUUGCUCGAUAAACCUAAUUGGCAGGAGGCAUUGAGAACUCAAUUCGGCGAGGACUGUCAGGAUCUGAGUGCAAACCUUACGUGCAACCAUCUAAGUCGUUUCCGCACCAUAGACGCCUCAUGCAACAAUUUGUUACGUCCUACGUGGGGAAUGGCAGGAAGGCAGCAAAAACGCUACUUACGACCCAUGUACCAGGACGGUAUAAGUUCUCCCCGCCGUGUGGGGAAGGAUGGACUGCCCCUCCCCAGCGCUCGACUGGUCAGUAACAUCGUCCACAGCCCCCGAGGGUUUGGUCGCCAGGACUGCUCCCUGUCGGCGAUGGUCAUGCAGUGGGGACAGUUCCUCGACCACGAUAUUGUCGGUACGCCUGUCCUCAAAAAAGACAAUGGAUCAUCAUACGAGUGCUGUGGGGCGGAUUCAUCAUUUGAAGGAUGUUUCCCAGUGCAGAUCCCACCUAAUGACGACCAUUUUGAAGGGACGUGUAUGAAUAUGGUAAGGUCCGCACCAGCAGUAGGACCGAAUUGUGUUAUAGGUGUACGAGAACAAAUGAAUAAAGUGACUUCAUACAUAGACGCCUCGGCAGUGUAUGGCUCUUCAUGGGAGGAAGAGGACUACUUGAGAGCCAAGACCAGAGGAUUGCUAAAGGAAGGCGAUAACCGACUGCUGCCACCUAGCGGCAAAGACAAUUGUAUAAAGAGGACUGAAGCUGACGUGUGUAUGACUGCAGGUGAUGAUCGUCCGAAUGUUGUGCCUUCGUUAGGAGCCAUUCAUACUUUGUUUAUGAGAGAACACAACCGAAUAGCCGCCAUGCUUGGAGUUCUCAACCGGUUCUGGAGCGACGAGCGGAUUUAUCAGGAAACACGUAAGAUUAUGUCAGCCUUGUUGCAACACAUAACAUAUAACGAAUAUCUGCCUCUGAUACUCGGUAAGGGAAUCAUGGAGUAUUACGACAUUCUACCAAAGACAGAAUUCUUCGAAACAAGCGUGUACAAUAUGUCGACAAAUGCCGGAAUAGCCAAUGUCUUUGCCGUGGCAGCGUUUAGAUUUGGUCAUUCACAGAUUCCUUCCAUUCAAACUUUUCUUGGACCUAAAGAAACUUACCGUCAUGACUUCCGGAUCGAGUCUACAUACCAUAGGCCCUACUUUGCACAAUUUAACAGCGGGCAGGGAGUGGAGGACGUGCUGAGAUGGCUAAUUAAAGACCCUCAACCGGAAACAAACAGAGCUUUUGUCCGUGGAGUUCGGGACCAGUUAUUCCUACAGAACAAUGUCAGUCUUGACCUGGCGGCUAUCAACAUCCAGAGAGGACGUGACCAUGGCGUAGCGCCGUACAAUUCUUGGCGGAGAUGGUGUGGCCUGGGCCGGGCUCGUCAUUUCGGGCUUGGGCCAGACGGACUUGUUCACCAUGAUCAGGCAUCAGCCAGACUUCUGCAGCGGACUUACCGUGAUCCGGACGAUAUAGAUGUGUUAACUGGUGCCAUAUCGGAACGUCAUCUGAAAGGGGCUAGUGUAGGUCCAACCUUCGCCUGCAUCAUAGGCUACCAGUUCCGGGAACUUAAAGUCGGGGACAGAUUCUGGUACGAGAGGGCACAUCCCAUCACCGGCUUCACGGAGAGACAGUUGAGGUCGAUAAAGCAAAUGCGGCUAUCAAAAAUUCUGUGUGAGAAUUUUAAUAUCACACCAUUACAGAAGAAUGUGUUCCUACUCCCAAACAUCAAGGACAAACCCAGACGCCAGGUGCCAUGUCACUCACUUCCAGAUCUCGACAUUCGCGCUUGGCAGGACUACAGCUACGUGGAGGGCUCAUCAAAUGGACAGUAA